UCAGCUCAUAUUGACUGAGCACAUGUCAAACAACGAAAAGCAAACAGCCUUUCUUUUCGAGUUAUUACAACUUAAUUCUAUGUUCACAGUCAAGAUCGACAGAAAAUAUCGAAUCUCGCUCUAACUGAAGUAAAAUCAGUCUGCUCUGAGAAAAGCAAAUCGGAUCUCUGUAAUAUCAUGAUUCGACGAUCUACUUUGUUCAUUUGUUUCUCCCUCUUUACCUCGGAUACCACUGCACUCAUCGCCGAUUGCCAUCACACUUUUUACAAGAAGCACUCUACGACGUUGUUGCGUGUAGUAAACCGAAGGCUGUUGCUUCAAGAAAUGGGCACUUUGGGACUUGCUGUAGCACUAAAGCCGGAACUUUCUCUGGCAGGAGAGUUUACUCCGGGUGGCACACUGGUGGAUCGUGUAGUUGGGGCGCAAGUCGGAAAUCCUGAAGCAAGCGCUAGCCGCAAGUUCGACAAUUCUAACGUCUUAUUUUACCAGGACCAUUUUUUCAAGUUUGGAGUCGCGGCUCCAUGGAUCACUUCUGGAUCUACCGAUUUCCCAAAAUCUAUGCCUUUUGUUGUCUCGCAGCAGCGAUACGAUAACUUGAAGAAGUAUGGAGAACGCGUCAAAUCCGGUGUAAAAGUUUUAGUUGGUCUUAGAGACAUAAUUAUGGCAGAAGGGGACUAUACUCAGAUCCCUGGCCCAGACGCCCCCGAAUAUCAGCUGCGUCCCCUCGGACUGUUGGCUAACGGAAUGAUGGCGUCAGAGAAUACCGGUGCAACCAACGAGCUCUUUCUCGCAAGAUGGUAUGUGAACGAAAUUUACCUGGACAUUAACGAUAUCCGCAAUGCUAAGAGCGAGGAAGAGGCUUUGGUCAAAUAUGAAGCCAUAAAGAAGGCAGUGGACUCAUACUAUGGGAUGAUCAAUCGCGUGAUCACCAGCAAAGUCGGCGACAAAUUCCACCUUCUGGUGGCGCAGUAAUCCCGGCUUAUCAAAUUCCCACAAAGCGCUAGUAGGCCACCGGGCGCCUG